AGGGUGUAUCAUUACAAACUAUAGUGGCCCCAGCAAGCCAUGUGAGAUGAACAGAGCAGGCAGUAUUACAGCACAGGUAACCUGAUGCAUGCAUUGUCAAAUGAAGAGCGCAGGCAUCAUGCAAAGUAUUAACUGGUUUAGUGAGACUGUGAAAGCAGCAGAAAAUAGGAAAGUGAGUAUUACAUUGGGCUCAACUCAGAUUUUAUAUAUGCUCUUUACGCCCUUCGCAUGGAUAUUGCAGCAAGUAGCAAGGAUCACCAUAACUAUGAGCAGCCACCCAAUCACCUUGAGUGGUCAUGGGGCCACUCUGCAGAGGAUGACGCUGCCACUGAUGAUGAACAAGAUGAUCUGCCUUUUGAUGGGAUUCUUGAAUGUUAUCUAGUUCCAAGCUUAACUUGUGAUCUACAAAUAAAUUCUGAUAUUCCUUCUGAUUAUCCGCAAGAAUCAAACAAAAGCCUGGAAGAAGGCCUGCCUGUUAACAUUAGCAUAGCAUCUGCUACCACAAGUGAUGAAACUGUUUAUUCUUUGGACAGUAACAGUGAAUUUAGUUUGUCUGAGACUAUAGCUAAACCAAGUGAGGCCAAAGAAGUCACUCAACACAACAGUGAUAAUUUAGUCUCCAUUCCUACAAUAAUACCAGAUGUUCUCCUACGCCAUUUUACUGAGGACAAUCUGCUAAAUCCAUACGAGUUCAUUGACUAUGAGACAAUACCCGAAAUAUCAAUUGCAGAGAGCAGCGAUGAAACCGUUCUUAGCAGAAAAAGUUGUACUAAGCAUAGCCAGAAUGGUGUCCUUAACGAUGAAGAUUUCAGAAUGGAAAGUUUCAAAAUAGGUAAAAAUGAAAACACUGGUGACCGAGAAGACAUUCUUAUUAAUGAAGUGAAUUCUGAUACUGAUGAAACAUUGCUUAAAGAGAAUGUAUCUGAAUUUGAUCAGGGAGGCAAAGAACUGCAUGAAUUACCAGCUAACAAUAUGGAAAAGGAAGUCCAACAUCCUAAACAAGACCAAGAAAGAAGACUUUCUUCUAGUGAAAUAAAGUAUGGUCAAGGACAGGUUCACUACAAGCUCCCUGAUUUCUCUAAAGUAGCACCAAAAGUAAAAAUACCUAAGGGUGAUACUGGUAACGUUAAGCCAGUUUCUUUAAUAAAGAGAGCUACAUCCUCUUCCAAUUUAUCAGGUCAAUAUAUUGUUAUUCAAGAUAUACUGGAUUCAAUGCAAUCAUUUACAGAACAUGGGUUGAUGGAGGAUAGUUCCAUAUGUUCUGACACUCUACAUGUACAGGUUCCACAGAUUUUACAAAAUGCUAAUGAUUCCAAAGACCAAAUCAACUGUGUAGUGACAACUACUGAUUUUCAUCAGCGUCCUAAAAUUACAGAUAAACAAACUGAAGACUCACUAACUGGAAUACAAGGAGAAGAUGGUCUUCAGACAUGUAAACCGGCAUCCACAGUUGAUAGACAAUCACAAAACACUGAAGAAGUGCAGCUCCUAACAGAAGGAGAGAGAAUGUCCAGAAUGCUAAUGGAACAAGUCCAGCAGCUGAAAAAUAAAGUUGAAAGUUUUUCUGAUUGUAUUUUUGCGAAGUCAUUAUCCAUAAAGGAAGAAUUACUGGUUUUCCAGAAUUUGAGAUCCUGCUUGGAGAGUUUGGAAUUUAAUUACUUGUCAUCAAAGGAUAAGCAUCGCAACUUGCAGCUACAAACAUACAGGACGGGAUGCCAAACAGUGGGCGAGUUUGAUUUCGAAAGAGAAGUGGAGGGACAGAUUUAUAGACUGGGCAUGCUGUUAGAAGAUAUCCAAGAACAAAUAAAUAAAAACGAUAGGAGCCUUACUGAAUCUCUACCUUCAAUCAAGCCAGAUCAAGCAUCUGUGUCACCAAAUGCAGAGGGACCUGAAGAUGCUACAAACAUGAAAACCAGCUUCAAUGAAAGACAUUUACUCUCUACCCAAGAAGAGGAGCCAGCAAGCUUGUUACAAUGCCCAAGGUCAUUGAACAUUACAGCACCAAACCCACAAAUACCUCAGCAGGAGCUUCCGCUGGAAAACAAUGGAACUGAUCAUUCGCAUCUAAUGGUAAAUCAUAUAUCUGGAAAAUAUGAGUCUGCCAGUGCUACAGACCUGAUACAAAGUAGUGUCACUGAGAUGGUAGUAACCACACAAAAAGAAGAGCUCAUGGACUUAUUGCCAUGUUCAAGGUCAUUAAACAGUACAGCAUUAAAUAUACAAAUACCCGAACCACCACUGAUCAAGAACAAAACGGAUAAAUCGCAUUUAUUGCAAUGUUAUCAGAGUUCAUUGACUAGUCCCAGAAUCUCUAAGACAACAGAACUCAGUCCCAAGAGCAUGACAAAUAGCUCAGACCAGCUGGCCACGAGGCAAACAUAUGUGACUUCAAUGGAUCAUGCUUCUUCUGUGCAUAAUCUCCUCUCCAGUAGUCUUUUUCUACAAAGCAACAUGUCCCAGAGUCAAAGUUCUGCAGACCUGCGUUGCUCUGAAAUCUAUGGAAAGUCCGGAAAUCCAGAGAAAAUGUUUCAAAACUGUUAUCAUGAAGCAGACCUGAGGACAACCCAGCCUGUAUGCCAAGGGAAAUUGCCUGUCAUCCAACGGAAAGCCUUGAAUGUAGAAAUCCCAGCAUGUAAUGCGAAAACUGAUUCUUUUAGAUCUAACUGGUUGGUAACGCCACAUUCUGAGAUCUUGAAGUACAAACAUCAGCUCCCCAGGAGUAACAGAACUUACCUGCCCAAAUGUUUCACCCCUUUAGUAUCAUCAAGUCCAUCUUGGAAUAAAUACAAAACUGGAACAUUUUCUGCUGGAAAUCAAAGUACAUUGCUGAACUCAAACAUAUUAAUGACAGAUAAAGCCUUGCACAAACAGAAGCCAUAUGGAGCAUCUAGAUACAGAAUUCUAGGUGAUUUACAAAACCAAGUUAGCCUUAAAAAACAACCAGAUCUCAGCAAGUACGAUAUGGACAGACAGUACAUGCAUUUAAGCAGGUACAGUGUGCAAUCUUCAACUUCAAGUCAUUCACAGCUUGCUGCUCCAGUUACAUCAAACUUUCAGAGAAAAUACUGGCCAGAUGUAAAAGAGAGCCCUCUAAAUUAUAAUGAUUUAAAGGUUCUGAAUUCUGUUUUGGAUCAAACUUUGAGAACUGCCAAGAACAUUCAAAAAACGACAGAGAAAAUGAUUCAAAGACUGACAGCAGAUUUGGUUAAUAGUACUUUCCGUCACAGUUCCCGCAUUGACUAAUUUGCAGAGUCCCGUCAGCCAUGAAACAUUUACUUCCAGUCAGCUGCCAACUACUUACUGCAGUCAUCCUGCCACCUGGACCAAGAAGAGCUACUACUGCAAUGUCCAGAAUAACUCGAAUAUCCACAAUAAAAAGAAAU